CGGGGAAGCACAAGUAUUUCUGCAAACAAACAAGCUGACAAAGCGAAGCUUUCCAAUUCUCUCUUCUUCGUAAAUCAGUAUGUAUCAGUUACAAGCGUUCACACAGUUGAGAAACAGAGCAACUCGGACUGCCAUCACUUAUCUGGGUUCACUCGGCACUACCAGACCCAACCAUUCCCGGCCCUAUGCCAAUGAAGAAGUGGGAACCAGAGCGAGCCAUUCUUUGCCAUUUGCAACUUUGAAUGUUGAAGAUAUAUCCGGUUCUCAACCUGCUGAAGUACACAACUUAGUGCAGGGAAAUUGGAUAAGAUCUUCCAGUUGGAACACAAUAUUGGAUCCCCUAAAUGGGGAGUCAUUUAUUAAAGUUGCAGAAGUACAAGACGCAGAACUGCAGCCAUUCUUGGAGAGCAUGAGAAAGUGCCCCAAACAUGGCCUACAUAAUCCAUUUAAGGCACCAGAAAGAUAUCUAAUGUUGGGAGACAUAUCUACAAAGGCAGCUCAUAUGCUAUCAUUGCCUGAAGUUUCUGAUUUCUUCACAAGGUUAAUACAGAGGGUGUCUCCUAAGAGUUACCAGCAAGCUCUGGCUGAAGUUUUUGUCACACAAAAGUUUUUGGAAAAUUUUUCUGGUGAUCAGGUUCGAUUUCUGGCAAGGUCUUUUGGAGUACCUGGAAAUCAUCUUGGACAGCAGAGCCAUGGUUUCCGCUGGCCUUAUGGUCCGGUGGCCAUUGUUACUCCCUUUAAUUUUCCCUUGGAGAUUCCUGUACUUCAGUUGAUGGGUGCAUUAUACAUGGGAAAUAAGCCAGUUCUUAAAGUUGAUAGCAAGGUGUGCAUUGUAAUGGAACAAAUGCUUCGUCUGCUUCAUGAUUGUGGGCUACCAUUAGAGGAUGUUGAUUUCUUAAAUUCUGAUGGAAAGACAAUGAACAAACUACUUCUAGAGGGAAAACCACGCAUGACUCUAUUCACUGGUAGCUCGAGAGUAGCAGAGAAGUUAGCAGGGGACCUUAAAGGUCGCAUCAAGCUGGAAGAUGCUGGAUUUGACUGGAAGAUCCUUGGCCCUGAUGUUGAUGAGGUGGAUUACAUUGCGUGGGUUUGCGAUCAAGAUGCCUACGCAUGUAGUGGUCAGAAGUGCUCAGCUCAAUCAAUACUUUUUAUGCACGAGAAUUGGAGCAAAAGUCCCCUCAUCAACUUAAUGAGCUCACUCGCUGCAAGAAGAAAGCUAGAUGACUUAACAGUUGGUCCUGUUCUCACUUUUACAACCAAAGCGAUGUUAGACCAUAUGAAUAAAUUGCUUCAGAUACCAGGAUCAAAGCUUCUCUUCGGUGGUGAACCCUUGGAAAAUCAUUCCAUCCCUUCAAUUUAUGGUGCCAUUAGACCAACUGCCGUUUUUGUUCCUCUAGAAGAAAUCCUAAAGGAUGAAAAUUACGAUCUUGUGACAACCGAAGUUUUUGGCCCAUUCCAGAUAGUCACUGAAUACAAAGAUAAUCAACUGCCCUUGGUCUUGAAUGCCCUUGAAAGGAUGGAUGCAAAUUUAACGGCUGCUGUAGUUUCAAAUGAUCAACUGUUCCUGCAAGAAGUGAUCGGAAAUUCUGUUAAUGGAACUACUUAUGCCGGAAUCAGAGCAAGAACGACAGGGGCACCACAAAAUCACUGGUUCGGUCCGGCCGGAGAUCCGAGAGGAGCCGGAAUUGGGACACCGGAAGCAAUAAAGCUAGUUUGGUCAUGCCAUAGAGAAAUUAUAUAUGAUAUUGGCCCUGUAUCGCCAGCAUGGAAACUUCCGCAAGCGACGUAAUAGGGAAAUCCACUGAUCAUUAGCCUGCAAUUUGGUUUGUAGUUAAUUGUAGGAAUGGAAUGAAUCUGAUAAAUUAUAUGUCACUAUUAGAAAUAAUGCAUCUUUUAUUCUUCUACCGGAAUACAAUAGAGGAGAAUUCUUUUCA